GUGAGCUGUGACUGUCCCCUUCUUUGUGUGUCUCUGUGCACCUGCAUGCACCGUGGACAGCCCCGGCCUGUCAGAGAGGCGCUGUGCUCAGAGACUGUGCUGCACUAGGAGAAUCCCAUGGCUUCUGGCCCUCCAUCUCCCUCUGUAGGCCGCAGGCUCAGACUGCUGGAGUUGCUGUUUGGCGCUUUGUUGGUCUUGCUGGUUUCUGGGCUCGGACCAGUGCUAGGUCAGAAGGUCUACACCAACACAUGGGCUGUUCACAUACCUGGAGGUCAGGAGGAAGCAGAUCUAAUUGCAAGCAAACAUGGGUUUAUCAACCUUGGACAUGUAUUUGGAGAUUACUAUCACUUCCGGCAUCGUACAGUGGUGAAGAGAUCGUUGUCAGAUCACAGGGGAACACAAGUCCGUCUGCAGAAAGAUCCCAAGGUGACUUGGGCAGAGCAACAGGUGUCGAAACGGAGGAAAAAGAGGGAUGUGUACACAGAACCUUUUGAUCCCAAGUUCAGAGACCAGUGGUACUUGUACAACGGCAACCACCGUGACUUGAAUGCCAAAGCUGCAUGGCAGUUGGGCUACACAGGUAAAGGAGUGGUGGUGUCCAUUCUGGAUGAUGGAAUAGAGAAGAACCAUCCUGACUUGAUGCAGAACUACGACCCAGAUGCCAGCUACGAUGUGAACGAUGGAGACCCCGAUCCCCAGCCUCGAUACACGCAGCUUAAUGACAACAGGCAUGGAACACGAUGUGCAGGAGAAGUAGCCGCAGUAGCCAACAAUGGGAUCUGUGGAGUUGGGGUGGCCUACAAUGCCAAGAUUGGAGGUGUGCGUAUGCUGGACGGUGAGGUGACUGACAUGGUGGAGGCCCAGUCUCUCAGUCUGAAUCCCCAACACAUUGACGUCUACAGCGCCAGCUGGGGCCCAGAGGAUGACGGCAAAACUGUUGAUGGACCAGCCAAACUUGCCAAAGAAGCUUUUCUACGUGGAGUUACAGAGGGUCGUGGCGGUUUGGGCUCCAUCUUUGUGUGGGCUUCUGGGAACGGAGGGAGGGAGAAGGACAGCUGUAACUGCGACGGCUACACCAACAGCAUCUACACCCUGUCCAUCAGCAGCUCCACACAGAACGGCAAUGUCCCCUGGUACAGCGAGGCUUGCUCCUCCACCCUCGCCACCACCUACAGCUCGGGGAACCUCAAUGAGAAACAGAUAGUGACUACAGACCUCAAAUCAAAAUGCACAGACUCUCACACAGGCACCUCCGCCUCCGCCCCGCUGGCUGCUGGGAUCAUCGCCCUUGCCCUUGAGGCCAAUAAAAACCUGACCUGGAGGGACAUGCAACAUCUGGUUGUACGAACUUCUCACCCUGCCCACCUGCUCACCAAUGACUGGAGAACCAAUGGGGUUGGGCGGAAAGUUAGCCAUUCAUAUGGAUAUGGUCUACUUGAUGCCAGUGCAAUUGUAGCACUGGCAAAGACUUGGACCAGUGUGGGGCCACAGCGGAAAUGUGUGAUCUCCAUGGUCAGUGAGCCAAGGAACAUCGGCAGCCAUUUAUCUAUUAACAUGAGUGUGGAUGCCUGCAUUGGCACAGACAGUCACGUGACCUCAUUAGAGCACGUCCAGGCCCGGCUCACCUUGUCCUACAACCGGAGGGGAAACCUGGCUAUCCACCUCAUUAGUCCUGCCGGGACGCGCUCCACGCUUCUCCACCCCAGGCCUCAUGACUACUCGUCAGAAGGUUUUAAUGACUGGGCUUUCAUGACCACCCACUCCUGGGAUGAGAACCCCAGGGGGGCGUGGACGCUGGAGAUUGAGAAUGUGGCUGGUGCCAGUGACUACGGCACUCUGACCCAGUUCAUCCUGGUGCUGUAUGGCACUGGCUCAGCAUCUUCCAGCUCCUCCGACACGUCUCAGCCUGGCAACGGCAGCUGCAAGACCUUGGACCUGAGGCAGAUAUGCAUCGAGUGCGACACCGGCUACUACCUCUUUCAGCAGGGUUGUGUGAAAGAAUGUCCAGCAGGCUUCUCAGUGGGCUCCCAGCCCAUCAACUACACAGUGGGAAACUCGAUACCACCAGCUUCCGUCCCAGCCUGCCUGCCCUGCCCACCGCCCUGCCUGACCUGCAGCAGCCUCAGCCCUCGGGCCUGCCUGUCCUGCCCCCCUCACAGCUCCCUGGACCCCAUCUCUGGCACCUGCCUGCACCUCAACCAGUACAUGCGAGAAUCCCCUGGCAGCUUCAUGGUGGGCCAGGGGCACCCGGGAUCGGAGCUCCAGCUGAGCUCCCGGCUGCCCAUCACCAUCGCUGUGCUCAGCUGCAUAGCCAUCAUCGCCACAUUCGCUGGCAUCUUCCUGCUGCUGCAGCUGCGCUCAGGCGCGCUCAUUAAGCUGCCCUCUCUGGAGGCUGGUGGCGGCCUCGGGGGCAGCUUCAACCUGGGGGGAAAUAGGGUGGUGUCAUACCGUGGCAUCCCGACAGUGUGGGGGGAUGAAGAGGUAAACACAGACUCCGAAAACGAAGAGUUUGACGUCCACAAUGAGAAGACUGCCUUUAUCAAAACACAAAGUGCUCUUUAAUGCCUCCCCCACAUCCCUCCUUCUCUCCUGCUUUUAAAUCCUCUCACCCCCACAUUUGUCUGAUAAAUCAGGGCUGUGGUAACUGUCCUUUCACAGUCUUUUCUGGUUUUAUCUCUCAUCCCUUUUUUCUGUCUCUGUCUUACUGGGAUCUCAUCUGAGUUCUGCUUCAGGAUCUCUUCUUCCACUCUGGUGUGGGAGGACCUGAUAGGAAGCCGCUGUCUCUCAGAGCUCGGGAUGGCCCGAGCUUUGCUCUGUUCACACUUGGGCGCAUUUCUAUUAAACUGGCUCUCUCCCUCCUCUUGCCCUCAAUCACUAACAGUGUCUGUCUGUGCAGAGUCCAUUUUCCCCUCCAGCUCCUUUUUGUUACAGUAAACAAAUGAUUAUUAUUUGCUUUCUUCCUCUUUUUUUUUCUCUUUCCAUCAGUCUCAGUGCAGUAGCCAGACGAGAUUGUUGAAUGUGAGGAGUAGAGAUGUGUGUGUGUGUGUGUGUGUGUGUGUGUGUGUGUGUGUGUCUGAAUGCCUGUGUCUGUGUGAAUGUGAGCGUGUUAAAUCUGAUGAACAGUGUAGUGCCCUUUAUAGAGAAAGCUAAAGCUGGCCCUGUCACAUUUAGUACUUUAACUUUAACUUUAAAGUGAUAACAAAAAAUUGUAUUAUGAGGCAUGAAAUCGGAUUUGGAAACAUUGAUUCUCUCCCAAGUGUAGUUAAGUGACAUCAACAUCCAAAAUCUGUUCAGAAAACCACCACUUAUCUGUGGCGAUUCACAUUUAAAGAUGCACAAAUUAAAAGCCUGAUAGUUGGAAAUGCCCUGACUUUGACUGGUGACACACGAUGAUAAACCAUUAGAGAAGCAAAACAGACUGUCUGAGAGCUUUCUCUUUAUGAUGAUGAUUUAUGAUUAUUUACUUGAAAGAAAAUCCAUCUCUCAUACAAUGUUUUUUCUGUUCAGUUAUUGAUCGAGGUGUGACUUUAGUUCUCCUAUUGCGCACUCAAUCUGGUGAGAUCUCUCUCAGCUCUGGCAGAACAAACUGUGAGUCACACAAAUAGCAAAGAUUCCUUCCGCCUUUUGGGAUUCAAGAUGGACUCUCAUUUAUUCCGGUUUGGAAACUAUAAAUUCUCCUGCACUUGUAGUAGGACAUCCAUCACAUGGAACCAUCACAUAAAAAAAAAAGAGAUAGAAUUAAAGAAAAAACACACACAGACUAUUCAACCUACCCCGAGGCACAGUCCCUUCCAGGGAUAUUUAUCUGUGUCUGAUGUUCUCAAAUCGCAGGGCUGAGAGAGACGCGGCCGAGGUGCUGAUGGGACCCAAAACAAUAUGUGACCGUUGAGCACAAGAGCUUCUCAAAUCAGCUGGCAGGUGUUGAGUCACCUAUGAUUGAUUUCUUGACAGAGCAGACAGUGACAACACAUCGAUGCUUUUGUCUUUUUGUCAGAGCACGUUAGCACUACACACGCCUCAUAUCAUAAUGACUGAAACGUUGUUUGUGUGUGUGUGUGUGUCUCAGUUUACUGCAUAUGAAGUGGAGAAAUGUUUAUCAGCCCUCUGAAGUGAAGGUUUCCUUCGUCUCUGCUGUCUUCUUCAAAUCUUGAAUACUGUUUAGAAAUCCUGCGUUGAGACUCCACAUCUCAUCAGUGUCUCUGCUUUUACCCUCCAGUCUUCGUCUAAUCUGAAUUUCAUAUUAUCUCUUCAGUGUACUUGCCAAUUAAUUAUAUUCUGAAUGAUACUGCAGCAACUAUUUAUUCUGAGAGAUUUUAAUCAUACCUUUAGGGAAGAUUGUUUUAAAGUGAUUUUUCUCCCGGGCUGGUGAUCAUCUAAAAUAUGCAUCUCGUGAUUUAAUCCAGAGUAGCCAUUUUGAAUCCACUGAUCUCUUUUUCUACUAUGUUGAAAUUAUUAUUUUUUUUUCUCAUUUCCAGUAUAAAAACAGUGGAGCUUGCUGAGAGAGGUUGUCAUGGUGAUGACAUGCAUUCAAAACUGCAGCUGCUCAUCCUUUUAUCUACCUCUCAUAUCAUUCAGCAAGGGUUCAUACGCUGUUAGAGGAGCUGUUAAAUGAUUAUAGAGGUCAAAUUAUAUGUAGGUGAGAUAUGAAAACGCUUCUCGGGAAAGAUUUAGGGGGAUAGGCAUGUAAGUCAAAUUUAUGUUUUAGAAGAGAAACAAGCAAUUGUAAAGCUGCUGUGUAAAUUCUAGUCUCCUAACCUCCUAUCGCUCCUACAAUUUAUUGCCUUUAGGAUCAGCAUUCAUGGGCAGGCACACCUGGGCUUUAAAACCUGUUAUUGAAAAUAAAAUGGGUAGAAGGAUUGUCCAUAGAUCUUGUUGGCCAGCGGUUAUGUACUAAAUCAUUUUCAAAAUUGUUUGGGAUGUUUGUUUUGCCUCACCUCUCAUACUCAGUACCCGGGCGGCUCCAUCAGAGGGGAAGACCUUUUUGUUUUUUAAGUUCAUGUCACCGACAAUCACUUUCCUUUCUUUUGAGGGCGAGAAGAUGCACAAGCACACAAAACAAAUCGAUUUUAAUUUAACCACUUGUGUUGAAAAGCCUUCUCAGAAGGUUUUAUUCAUAAAUAUGCAGAGCUGAAUGUGAUUUAAAUUGCAAAAGCGUGUUCAGAGGGGAAGAAAAUAAAAAUAAAAAUAGCAGAGAAGAAGAAGAGUUUCAAACCAAUACAACAGCCUCUUCAAAGGCAUGGAGAAAGAUUGGUAUGUAUGCUCUCAAACACAGCGCUGAGCCAGGAAGCUUAAUUCAUCUCAGAUGGCCAGUGCAGGUGCUGCACAUUUGGCUUAUUGUGGCAGUUUCAGCCAGGAAGCACUAAACUGGAUUGGAAACCAAUCCGAGCGCAUGGAUUUAGAGAAAGUGCCCUCUAAAGGAACAAAGCUAAUGUGGCUGCAGAAUAACGAGUGUGUGCUGCAUCGCUCUUUGUGCGAUGUACAUUAGUGCCUACUGCCAUUGAGGCUUUGAUUAGCCCCAGUUUAAGGAGGGUUCUAAUUUAAAAAUGUAAUAACUCCAGCCUCAGACUUGAGCCACAGAAUCUUAUUGACUUCCCAGCUUGGUGUUAGUGUGUAAACAACAGAUAAUGGGCUAAUGCGGCAACAAAUUUGCUUCCAUAAACUAUUUUCUUAAACUCUGAAUGCUCAGUUUGCAUUUUUAGAAGAACUAUAAAGUGGACCAAUUUGUUUGCGAUUCAUAUUGACUAAUUGAUGCUCAGUCUUGUCAACAUUAUCCAUUAUGCAUCUUCCCUUCCAAAAGGUUUAUAUUGCUUCCAUAGAGAAUAAAGCUUCCUCUGAAGUGCAACAUUUUGGGGUGUUCAGACAAGUUGCUGUGGCCCCCUCGAGGGCACACACAAAAUGAUUUAUUCAUCUUAGCUUAAUGUUGUAAUCACUACAGUUUGAAAAACUCAGAAAACUUUAAACUGAUAAACUCAGAGCUUUGUGAAUUCGAGUGUUCAACUUCUAAGAAAAUCAUGAAUGCGGGCAGCAUUAAGUAGCUAGUGCUUCCAAAGCACAGGGAGCUGCUGAAAACCAUUAGCAGGCCAUCUCACUCUUUCACUGCAAGAAUGUGAUGGAAAUUACACACUAAAAACAGAAGAGCUUCUCUAAUUGUGUCGGAAAGCAGCUCGUUCUCAUAAGGCUACCACUUCACUGGCACUAAAGUGUGAAGCCGUUUCAUGUAGAAAGUAACAGAAAUGUUAGGAGAAAAAUGCGUUCUUUGCAAAUUGUCUCCUCUGGCUUUAAAGAAAAGACUCGCCCGUGGUAAUGUCGGAGGCUUUUUUCUUUAUGCAGCUGAUUUAUUUAACAUGGAGCUCAAUGUUGCUUCAGUCCUGCCUUAGGAUGUAGUGUGAAGUGGUCAAUAUGAAGUCGGAUGGAGUUAAUAGGAGCAAUAUCUUUGGCAUAACCAAAGACAAUCAUUUUAAUGCUGUCUGUUUAGUGUUACGACGUGUUGCUUUCAGAUUGUCGCAGUCCAUCGACCCCUUCACUUGCGUUAAAAGUGUUUUGUUGAUAUCAUUCUGCCAUCUCUGCCUUUCCUGUAGAUCUACAGUGACACCCUGUAUGUUCAGCAGCUGUGGAGGGAGGAGGUAGAAUGUAUCCCAUCUCCAUUAACUUAAGGGCUGAAUCAGAAUUGCGUGCGUCUGUUUGUGCACAUGCUUGUUUAAGUAUAUAUGAAACACUUUGGGGGUUAAGUGGAGCAGCCUCAGACGACUCUGUUGACCACCUCCCGCCUCUUCGUGAGGUUCCUGGCCUGUGGCUGCACACAGUACCUUACAGAUUUGUGACCUAUGAAUAAUGUACAAGAAUGACUAUCUUCACAUGGGACAUAACUCUAAAAUAAGGCCUAUUUUUGUACUAUAUGAAUGGUGCAGUGUAAUUUUCUUGUAAUUUAAAGAUUUUUUUGCUCUUGUUUUUCUUCUUUUUAUUUAAUUGAUGUCAAUUAUAGAUUCUACUAAAAAUAAAGAUCUAUGCAAAUUUGAA